UUUUAUCAAAUGUAAUUUAAUAUCAAUACAAAUAUACAAUAGGUAUUGGCUAUUACACCUCUAGUCAAUACAUUUUAUUUUUAGCCGAUUAUAAAUUAAAUUAUUCGUAUUGAGUAUUUGUGUAUUUGUGAAAUUGUGUUGGUGUAAUGUGUAUUAUAUGAAAUACAAAUACAUAUCAAUAAAUCGUUAUUCGUUAAAUAAAAUUUCAAUUUAAUUAUAUCUCGUCCGAUAAUUUUAUACGAUGUGUAAUAAUACCAAAGAAGAAGAUAUUGUUGAAAAAUGGGGCUUGCCAUUGAAAGAAUUGUAUACAUUGGCGCUUAAGUUUUUUAAGGAAAAAGAAGGUAAAGCCAUACAUUUUACUUAUGAUGAUAAAUUAAAACUUGUUGCAUAUACACGUCAAGUUAGCCAUGGAAAGUUGGAUGAAUCGAAAUUACCACCUUUAGGUGUAUUUGAUGUUAUUGGAAGAGAUCGAAGAUUAGCAUGGCAAGCACUUGGUGAUAUGUCAACAGAAAACUCUAUGGUCAAUUUUGUUAAAUUGGUGAAUAAAGAAUGUACUUUAUUCAAACAUACUGUUGAAGCUUAUAAAGCUGAUUUGAUUGAACAAAAACGCAUAACAGAUGAAAAUAUGAAAAAAGAACAGGAAGAACUAGAAAAACAGCUUGCACUAAUGGAAUUAAAACAAAAAGACGAAGAAGAUAGAUGUAGACAAGAAAAUACCAAACAACUCAUUCAAGAAGCUUUAAAUAAACAGACAUAUAGCCAGUUUUUAACAUAUGCUCAAAAUCAAUUUCCAAACAACCCAGAUGAACAAGCUGUACUUGUAAGACAAUUACAAGAACAACAUUAUCAUCAGUAUAUGCAACAGUUACAACAAAACUAUGAACCCGGCAAAGAAUUGGAAAUAACAACUAACUCUGUAACUGUUCCUGAAGAUAAAAUUAUUGAACAUGAGAGCAUCUGCAAUGAGCAAUGUGAAAAUGGGCAAUGUCUUUCUGGAGAAUGCUCUGUUCAAACAUUGUUUCCUGCAUCAAUGUGGACAAGAAAAGAUAUUGAUGAAUUUAAAGCUAAUUUACUACGAGAAGGUGGAGAAGCCGUUAUUAAAGUAAAUCAUGGAGAAACGGUUACGGUUCGAGUCCCAACAGCUGAAGGCGGCAACUGUGUAUUUUGGGAGUUUGCAACUGAUGGUCACGAUAUAGGUUUCGGUGUUUACUUUGAAUGGGUUAAACCUAGUACUAGUCAAGUUUCAGUGCAUGUAUCUGAGAGUGAAGAUGAUGAUUGUGACGACUUGGAAGACGAUGAUGAUGGUAAUAUCAAUCAAGAUCUACUUCAUGAAUUGGAACAAAAUGGUGUUACAAUUAAAGAUAUCAAAAAGAGUAAUCAGUUGAAUCGACCACCAUUGUCAAUAAUAAUACCAGUAUACCGAAGAGAUUGUCACAAAGAAGUAUAUGCUGGAAGUCAUUUAUAUCCUGGGGAAGGAGUUUAUUUACUUAAAUUUGAUAACUCCUAUAGUUUAUGGAGGUCAAAAACAUUGUAUUAUAGAAUAUAUUACUCACAAUAAUAUAUAAAUGUUGUUCUGUAUAAAAUUCCUACCAAUCUGCAAUCUGUUAGUCAGUUUAAAAUGUAUUAAUAUUUAUAUUCAGCUUUUUUUUUAUCCAAACUAUAGUUGAAAUAACUCAAAGAACAAUAUAUUACAUAUUAAAAUAUGUUUAAAAUUAAAAUUUUUACUAUUCAAUUUUUUUUUUGAAUCAAUAUUCAUACAAUAUGCAUAUAAAUAAUAUUAUCUAGUAUUGAUUCACUUACAUAACUAUUACAAUAAAUUUUGAAAACAUUAAGAAAAAUCAUUGUUUUUCUUCUCCAUCUAACAUAUUAUAUUGUAACCUAUAGGUAUAAAUAAAAAGUUAAAGAUUUCCUUUUUUAGUGCACAAUAAAAAUUAGUGCAAUAUAAAGAACAUUUCAUAUGAAAUAACCAUUCAUUUUAUAUUUGAAGAUGCAGAAAAAUCCUUUUUAUUUCUUAUUAUUAUAUACAACUACUGAUACUGACUAGUAAGUCAGAAGUUAACUAUUGUUAAAUGUUUUAAAACAAAAAAACUGCUUGUUAAGUAUAUUUAUUUAUUUAUUAUGAAUAAUAACCGUAUUUUAAACUUAUAAUAUUUAACUCUAUGCUAUAACCAAAAAUACAA